AUUAUCUCGACGGUGUUUGGUCGUUUCGAGGGGCGAAUUGCCAAUAUAGAUCCCGCGAUUUAAGCGGACUAGCUCAGUCGUACAUACAGAGUGUUUAUUUGCGGAACGACAACCGCAAUGUUCUCGAUUUAUUUGGUUUGUGUUUCAAUUAUAUCAGGCACUGUAACGGGAUGGACAUAUCCAGAUCAAGAUCAUUGGGCUUCGUUAUGUCAAACAGGAACCCAACAAAGCCCGAUACCGCUGUCACAUUCAGUAUCAGAAGAUUCGGAUUUUCCUCCUUUCAGUAUAUACGGAUACGGACAGAAUAUAUCAAUUUUAGUAAAAAAUAAUGGCCAUUCAGCCGAAGUACGUCAAAAAACUCGUACGCAUAUACCUGAAAUUAGUGGAGGGGGAUUACCAGAAGUUUACCAAUUAGAUCACCUUCAUUUCCAUUGGAAAUCCGAACAUACCAUUGAAAAUUAUAGGUUUCCUUUAGAAAUGCACCUGGUCCAUUACGCCAAAAGAUUCGGUAGCACUCAGGGAGCGCUUAAACAUCCCGGAGGUGUUGCAGUUUUUGCAGUUUUAUUCGACCUGUCUCCGGACGACGUACAAGAUUUCGAUCCGUUGUUAGCUGAAAUAGCGACAAUUCAAACAAAAUUAAACGUCCCGGAUGAAUUAGAAGGUUUCGUCAUCAAAAAUUAUCUGCCUAUAGAUUUGGCGGGGUUUUAUAGAUACAACGGAUCACUGACUACACCUAAUUGCACUGAGGGAAUCAUCUGGACGGUUUUUACGAAUACGAUACCAAUAUCGAAACAACAAGUAGAAAUAUUUGAGAAAAUGCGCACAGUUAACGAUGUAAUUUUGGAGCAAAAUUAUCGAUCUCUUCAAGAUAUAAACGGUAGAAACGUUCAACUUAAAGUUAGUCCUUUGAGAUUUAUGGCGGGUGGAUCUACAAUAAACGUCGCUACGUUUUCCCUAAUUUUCCUAACUUGUAUUAUAACAUUUACAUGACUAUUUAAUUAAUUAGUAGUCGCUUUUCCACAAAUUUUUAUUAUACUACUUUUUUUAUGUUGUUUGCUUUCUGAAUAGUCCUCGUAUAGUGAUUAACAAGACCAUGACAGUUAUAAACUACAAUUGAUAUUUUAAUGAAAAUAUUAAAUAUUAAAUAAACUUAUUGAUUUUCAUCAAUUAUUCAAAUUUGUAAAUAAUUGUAUUAACAAUUGAUGUGAUAUUUGUAAAUUUAAUUUUAGUUGUACAUUUAACAUUUUUAUAUAAAUCUAGUCGAUAUUUACCGUGUAUAUAACCUGAAAUAAAAGGAUUUUUAUUUAA